UGUUUUGCUAAGUAUGCGCGCGCUCUCCGGACGGAACGAGGCGCGCCGCGGCCGAGGCUGGGGAGGCCAUGGUGGCCAGCGAGGCCGGGAAGGCCUCGCCGGAGAACGGAGAGAGAGGAAGGAGGAGGAGGAAGAGGAGGAGGAGAUCAGAGGAGGGUGGACAGAGCCCGCACCGCUGGACGGAUGAUCACUCCCGGGCCUCCGAGACUGCAUCGAGGAAGACCAGGGCGCGGGCGGACAGGCUGGCCGACCGCGCUCCCAUAGAGCACGCGGCCGGCGCGCGCUGCUCACCCGCUCAGGCCGUACCUGGAGGAGACGACAGCUGCGCAAACUACAGCCAUCAAGCGAUCGGCAGAUCGUCCAUGCCCCUGCUCACGUCCCCAACCCCGUGAGGAGCAAGAGCGGAGGGACGGACGAAACUCUGGCCUCCAGGGCCACGCGUCUCUCCACGCCCUGAGUAGGGCACAGCAUGUGGAUCGAGCGUCGAUCGUCGACCAUCGGGCUAUCAAGCGGAACGCUGUAGCAGGAACGGAGGGCGCCGAGAGUAGGGGACAGCAUGUGGAUCGAGCGUCGAUCGUCGAUCGUCGGGCUAU